AUGCAGUCAACCAAAUCAAGCUGCCUUUUGGCACUCUUAUUUCUUGCAUUAAUAAAUCUUGCCCAAGCACAACAAUUAACGGCAGUUGUAUGUAAUUCCUUACCUACCGAAACUUACAAUCUUCCACUACGCAUUGGAAGUAUAUUCCUCAUUUUAGUCACAAGUGGACUUGGCGUAUUCACUCCAAUUGUUCUCUUCCGUGUCCUUCCAUACAAAGCUGGUGGAUUCCGCGAACAUUUUCUCAAUAUUGGAAAGUUCUUUGGUACAGGAGUAAUCUCGGGUACCGCUUUUAUCCACAUGUUGCCUGAAGCAUUUGGUCACUUCAGUAGUCCAUGUCUCAGUGCUGGAUGGAAAACAUAUCCAGGUUAUGCAGGCGUGUUUUGUAUGGUUGCUUCUUUUGGCCUUCAACUUAUCGAACUUUGUGCCAUCUCUAAUAUGGAGGCUAUGGCCAAGAGACGUGCUCUUGCCGCACAAACUGAAGAAGAGCAAGCCGGCAUUGACGAGCGUACCGAUACCAAGACUGUAUCCGCUAUUAAGAAAGAAGAUGCAAGCCCACAUGAACACCACCACGACGGUUUCUCUACUGACGGACAUAUUCACAGUGCUGGGUUCCUUGAAAACGAUGAAAAGAUGAUGCGAAAUAUGGGUACAUUUAUCCUUGAGCUGGGUAUCUUGGUACACUCUAUUAUCAUUGGUAUUACUGUUGGCACAACCGGAAACCAUGGAUUUAUUACUCUCCUGAUCGCACUAGUAUUCCAUCAGUUCUUUGAGGGUGUUGCACUUGGAACUCGUAUCAAUGAACUUGAAUUUAAGGGAUGGAUAAAACCAACUAUUAUGGGAGCCUUCUUCCUCAUCAUAACCCCAUUUGGUAUGGCCAUCGGCGUUGGUGUCCAUAGUGCUUUCCCCGCAAAUUCUAGCUCUUUUAUCCUCGCUCAAGCUAUCCUCGACUCUCUUUCUGCUGGUAUUCUUCUUUAUAGCGCCUUUAUCUCUCUCAUGAGCCUUGAAAUCAACCAGAAUAUUGAAUUCCGCAGAUCGACUACCAUGAACAAAGUCAUUUCAUUCGGAUCCAUGUACGCCGGUGCUGCAUUGAUGUCUGUUUUGGGUACAUGGAUUUAA